AUCGAAAUGCGAUACUUUGGAACUUUCAAUAGAAACAAGGGACUCUUCACAGAGAGCAGGGACAUCAUGGUUUAUCAACAAGCUCGAGACGAAGAACACAAGAAGAGAAAAGAAGCAAAUCUCGAACUUGAUUCCGAUAGUCACGUCGGAAUGUGGCUUCUCUGUCACCCGGAUAAUGAUCUUGCAAUUGCUAUGUACACAACGAUGGUUCGACUUGCCGGAGAGCUGUCUCUAGAAGUGACACAUGAUGAUAUUAUUGCCUGGCUCGGAACAGCAAUUCGGUGCCAUCCAUCACAACUGGUCCCACGAGGAGAGGCGGUUUCCAUUCGCGACAAACCCACUCUCCCAACUGAUCCUCGAGGUGGCGACUGGAACACAGGUGUCGGAAUCACACAGACCUGUCUUUUGCUACGAUAUCUCUCACAAUGCUCCCUGGACCAACUUUCAAUCGAUGAGAGAGCCAAUGUCCUGUUUGCUAUUCUUCGCGUCUUCAGUGAUUCUGACGAAGUCGCCGCAUCUCCAGAUGCCCAGAAAUUUGUUCGUCGUAUCUAUUCGUCGGGAUCACGUUAUGAUUUAAUCGAUGCUCUCGCUGCAAUUUUCUUCCAACUUUCAAACGACAUUGCAACAAUGGCGGACGCUGUUCGCACGCUGUGGAGCAUCACAGAGGAUGAGCCACUUGUAAUGAGACUGACAGUUGAAAUUCUGAUGUGUUUAUGCCAGAGAUCUGAAGUUGUCGCUAAUCUUCCAGAGUUUAAGCUGGGCGAUCAAAUGUACUGCAAGCAAGUGAAAAUGAUCAUUCUCGAUUUGACGUCUGACGCGCACGAACAAGUUCCAGAAUUGCACCAGAAAGAUGAGCUCAGCAAUUUGGUCAAUGAGGUGUUCAAUCUUAAAAGAUAGGGCACUAAUUUCAUAUUAUUUAUGUACUUAUUUCUCCCAUCCGGCUUUCAAUCAUUUCGUGUGCUAUAUUUUGAACGGUAUCCUUUUCAUCCAUUCACUCAUAAUCCCAUGACUAUUUUGCCAGUUAUCAUUGCGCAUUUUACUGCUAUUGCCAAUUUGAAAUAAAUUUCUGUG